UCGGGCGCGCGCGGGCCUCGGGCACUUUCUGGGGGCUGGCGGGCGGGCCGGGCGGCCGUCCCGGUCCUCGGGGGCGGCAGCUGGCCCGGCGUCGGGCUCCCCAGUUUCUGGUACCGAAGCGCAGACGGGUUUCCUUGUCGGAGCCACGCACCGUUAAUGUAAGGCCGUAGUCGUUCAGAAUUCUUUAUUUUGGAACUUCCAUUACGUGGGCGGUCUCUGGUGCUUUCUAUAGAGGAAAGAAGAUAACUCACACAUGGCUUCUGCCUAAUGAGCCGUCUAAGGAAGAAAAACAGAAAGUAAUUGGGAGUUUCAAGUUGUUUCUCAAGUGUCACAACAGAGGUAACCCCGUGGGAGUCAUGAGGAGACUAAAAUUAUCUCCAAUUGUGCAGGGCUUUCCAUUCAUCAAAGCUCGUGAUGUAUGUAAUCAGGUGCAGGUCCAUCAGAAUUUCCUGUGACUGUGACGGUAGAGAGUCCUUCCUCCUCAGAAAUCGAAGAGGUCGAAGAUUCCUCAGAAAGUGUUCAGGAAGAGCCAGAGAAAAUCAGUUUGAAACAAGAAGCAUUACAGGCCUUCAUGCCCACUCAUUGACAAGCAUGAUCCUGGAUGAGGAAGGUGUUUUGGGCAGCACUGAGAAUUCUUUUCAGAAGUUCCAUGCUUUCUUGGAUCUCCUUAAAGAUGCUGGUUUCAGAAAAUUACAGGUGAUGCUGGGCUUCCUUUGCCUCUCGACUCCUUCCAUGUCCCAGUCUCUACUCAGGAGGCCUUAG